AUGAAACAUGAAAGCAUAUCCUAUGUUAAUGGAGUGUGUCUACAGGUAUCCGAAGCUUCAGUUAGUAGAAACAGGAGUACUAUCAUUGUCCCAGCAGGAAGCACUAGAGAUGAAGGGUGGAGUGCAUUCAGGAACAUCUUGGAAGAAAUAAAUGAAGCAUCUAAGCUUUUUGUUCUUCCCAAUCAGGAAAACGGGAUAAUCAAUAAAGGUGCAGAGGAAGGGGCAAAUCAGUCAAUUCCUCAGGGUCAGAAGAGUAAAGAUACAUCUGUUGAAAGUGAUAAGAAGCAAUAUGAAGUGACUUCAUCUACAUCUAGUAGUAAGAUAGAGGGCCAAGUGCCAAAGGUUAUUCCUGUUAAGUCAAUUAAGAUCCCAACUGUUGCCUUAGGGUCUUCUGAAAGUGGACAUGUGCCAAUCUUGUUGACUUCCAAAAACACAUCUGCAUCCAAGACACCAUCAGUAUCACCUUCACCAAGGGUAUAUUUGUCCAAAAAAGAUCCUAUUUUGAUGCCAUCACAAGAUUCACAGUUGUCUGUGCCCUCUGGUUCUGAGCAAGGGAAGGUGGGACCCAGUGAGCUUCAGGGAGUCGGGAAGAAUGUGGUUUCAGAGUCUUCUUCACGACCAGGAUCAUCUUCUCAUGUCUCCUUUUCCAUUUCCAGGCCUUCAUCAAAUUAUAAUAAUAGGAUCCAACAAGCAAUUGGACCUCAAAAAGUUGGUCCUAGCAUGGAAUGGAAACCAAAAUCAAUUGCUCAAAGUCAAAGGUCAAUUAAGGUGCUUGUGGUUGUGGUUCUAGUUGAAGCUCAUACUCCAACAACAGUUUCUUCUGCAUCCUCCACUAAUCUUGAUUCAAAGGAGGAUGAAGUUGAGAAGAAGCUGAAGGAGUCCUACAUUUCAGAUGAUAAACAUGUCAUUAUCCCAAAUCACCUUCAUGUUCCUGAAGCCGAAAAACUCGGAUUCUAUUUUGGGAGGUUUGAUGCAACUUUUGGUUUUAAUAAAACCUCCUCAAACUCAAAUGGUCCUGUGGCUGUGACUGUGAGUGACAAGACUUCUGAAGCAUCUUAG